CCAUGAUACCCUCUUUUAUGUUCACAGCGGGUUGAUGAUAUAUCCAGUAUUUGACUUUUGAGCGCGUUUUCUUUUUCGGUAUACCUUUUGUGUUUGUGAGACAAUGAGACUUGGGAGCAUUACACAAUUUGCAAGGCGAUUGCAUGGCGUUUUUUGGGGUGUUUUUCUUGGGUGUGUAUUGAUAUCCAGGUGGCUUUUCUGUUGUGGUUGUUGCGAGCGAUCGGCUUCCACUGUGACCUUGCUAAGAAGGGGAGAAUGGGCAUGGGAAAGUUUGUCAAGAUAUUGAGAAUGCUCCACUAUACGAAUGUUAAUGACUCCUAUACUUGGUGUGUUUGUACGCCACUAGACA